GUGCCCCGCGUCCCCGCCCCUCGCCGCUGCCGCCGCCCGGCCGGGGCUCGGAGCGGCGGGGCUGCGGGAUGGCUUGGGCCGGGCUGUGCGCCCUGCUGGCCGGGUGCUGCCUGGCGGCGGGCAGCGGCCCCGCCGAGGCGGCGGCGGAGGCGGCGGCCAAGGAGCUGGAGUGCAAGCUGAAGAGCAUCACGGUGUCGGCGCUGCCCUUCCUGCGGGAGAACGACCUGAGCAUCAUGCACGGCCCGUCGGCCGCCGAGCCCAAGCUGCUCUUCUCCGUGCGCAACGACUUCCCCGGCGAGAUGGUGGUGGUGGACGACCUGGAGAACACCGAGCUGCCCUACUUCGUGCUGGAGAUUUCAGGCAACACAGACGACAUCCCGCUGGUGCGCUGGCGGCAGCAGUGGCUGGAGAACGGCACGCUGCUCUUCCACAUCCACCACCAGGACGGGGCCCCCAACCUGCCCGGCUUCGAGCCCACCGAUGAGCCCCAGACUGAGUCGGCAGAGGAGGAGCUGAGGAUCCUCCACAUCUCCGUCAUGGGAGGGAUGAUCGCGCUGCUGCUCUCCAUCCUCUGCCUGGUGAUGAUCCUCUACACCCGCCGGCGGUGGUGCAAGCGGCGCCGCGUGCCGCAGCCCCAGAAGAGCGCCAGCGCCGAGGCGGCCAACGAGAUCCACUACAUCCCCUCGGUGCUGAUCGGGGGCCACGGGCGGGAGAGCCUGCGCAACGCCCGUGUGCAGGGCCACAACUCCAGCGGCACCCUCAGCAUCCGCGAGACCCCCAUCCUGGACGGCUACGAGUACGACAUCACCGACCUGCGGCACCACCUCCAGCGCGAGUGCAUGAACGGCGGCGAGGACUUUGCCAGCCAGGUCACCCGCACCCUGGACUCGCUGCAGGGCUGCAACGAGAAGUCCAGCAUGGACCUCACGCCAGAUGUUGCCUUCGAUUCUUCCCGCCUAGGGAGCGACAACGCCAAGCUGUCCCUGAUGAACAAGUACAAGGACAACAUCAUCGCCACCAGCCCCGUGGACGCCAACCACCAGCAGGCCACGCUGCUCUCCCACACCUCCAGCAGCCAGCGCAAGCGCAUCAACAACAAGGCGCGAGCUGGCUCGGCGUUUCUUAACCCCGAGGGGGACUCAGGGACGGAGGCGGACACCGAUCCCCAGCUGACCUUCUACACAGACCCCUCGCGGAGCCGGAGGCGCAGUCGAGUGGGGUCCCCCCGCAGCCCCGUGAACAAGACCACGCUGACCCUCAUCAGCGUGACGAGCUGCGUGAUCAGCCUGGUGUGCUCCUCACACAUGAGCUGCCCCCUCGUUGUCAAGAUCACCCUCCACGUCCCCGAGCACCUCAUCGCCGAUGGGAGCCGGUUUAUCUUGCUGGAGGGCAGCCAGCUGGACGCCAGCGACUGGCUGAACCCGGCGCAGGUCGUCCUCUUCUCCCAGCAAAACUCCAGCGGGCCCUGGGCCCUGGACCUCUGCGCCCGCCGCCUCCUCGACCCCUGCGAGCACCAGUGCGACCCCGAGACCGGUGAGUGUCUGUGCUACGAGGGCUACAUGAAGGACCCCGUCCACAAGCACCUCUGCAUCCGGAACGAGUGGGGCACCAACCAGGGACCCUGGCCGUACACCAUAUUCCAGCGCGGCUUCGACCUGGUGCUGGGCGAGCAGCCAUCCGACAAGAUUUUUCGGUUCACCUACACCCUGGGGGAGGGCAUGUGGCUGCCGCUGAGCAAGAGCUUCGUCAUCCCUCCGGCCGAGCUGGCCAUCAACCCCUCGGCCAAGUGCAAGACCGACAUGACGGUGAUGGAGGACGCGGUGGAGGUCAGGGAAGAGCUGAUGACCUCCUCCUCCUUCGACAGCCUGGAGGUUCUCCUCGACUCCUUUGGCCCUGUCCGGGACUGCACCAGGGACAACGGGGGCUGCAGCAAGAAUUUCCGCUGCAUCGCCGACCGCAAGCUGGACUCAACGGGCUGCGUGUGCCCGGCGGGACUGAGCCCCAUGAAGGACGGCACGGGCUGCUACGACCGCCACGUCGGCGUCGACUGCUCCGACGGCUUCAACGGGGGCUGCGAGCAGCUGUGCCUGCAGCAGAUGGUGCCCCUGCCCGACGACCCCCUGCUCUACAACAUCCUCAUGUUCUGCGGGUGCAUCGAGGACUACAAGCUGGGAGUGGACGGGCGGUCGUGCCAGCUCAUCUCCGAGUCGUGCCCCGAGGCGGGGGACUGCGGCGAGCCCCGCGAGCUGCCCAUGAACCAGACGCUCUUUGGGGAGAUCUUCUAUGGCUACAACAACCACUCCAAGGAGGUGGCCCCAGGGCAGGUGCUCAAAGGGACCUUUAGGCAGAACAACUUUGCCCGGGGCCUGGAGCAGCAGCUGCCGGAUGGGCUGGUGGUGGCCACGGUGCCCCUGGAGAACCAGUGCCAAGAGGAGCUCUCAGACCCCACGCCUGACCCCGAAUUCCUUACCGGGAUGGUGAACUUCAGCGAGGUGUCCGGGUACCCGCUCCUGCAGCACUGGAAGGUGCAGUCCGUCAUGUACCACGUCCGGCUCAACCAGCUCACCAUCUCCCAGUCCUUCAGCAACGCACUCCACUCUCUGGAUGGGGCCACCUCCCGCGGGGACUUCGUGGCGCUGCUGGACCAGUUUGGCAACCACUACAUCCAGGAGGCCGUGUACGGCUUCGAGGAGUCCUGCUCCAUCUGGUACCCCAACAGGCAGGUCCAGCGGCAGCUCUGGCUGGAGUACGAGGACAUCAGCAAAGGCAACUCCCCCUCGGACGAGUCGGAGGAGCGUGAGCGGGACCCCAAGGUGCUCACCUUCCCCGAGUACAUCGCCAGCCUCUCCGAGUCGGGCACCAAGCGCAUGGCGGCCGGCGUGCGGAUGGAGUGCCAGAGCCGUGGGCGCUGCCCCUCGUCCUGCCCCCUCUGCCACGUCGCCUCCGGCCCCGACACGCCAGCUGAGCCCAUCCUGCUCGAGGUCACCAAGGCGGCCCCCAUCUACGAGCUGGUCACCAACAACCAGACCCAGCGGCUCUUGCAGGAGGCCACCAUGAGCUCGCUGUGGUGCUCGGGCAGCGGGGAUGUCAUCGAGGACUGGUGCCGCUGCGACUCGAGUGCCUUCGGGGCCGAUGGGCUGCCCACCUGUGCGCCUCUCCCCCACCCCAUCCUGCGGCUCUCCACCGUGCACGAGCCCAGCAGCACGCUGGUGGUGCUGGAGUGGGGGCACUCGGAGCCCCCCAUUGGGGUGCAGAUCGUCGACUACCUGCUCCGCCAGGAGAAAGUCACCGACAGGAUGGACCACUCCAAGGUGGAGACCGAGAUGGUGCUGAGCUUCGUGGACGACAUCAUCUCUGGUGCCAAGUCUCCCUGUGCCAUGCCAGCCCAGGUGCCCGACAGGCUCUCCUCCACCAUCUCCCUCAUCAUCCGCUGCCUGGAGCCCGACACCACCUACAUGUUCACCCUCUGGGGAGUCGACAACACGGGGAGACGCUCCAGGUCCAGUGAUGUGACGGUGAAGACACCCUGCCCUGUGGUAGAUGAUGUGAAAGCUCAAGAAAUUGCCGACAAGAUCUACAACCUCUUCAAUGGCUACACCAGUGGCAAGGAGCAGCAGACAGCCUACAACACCCUGCUGGACCUGGGCUCCCCCAGCCUGCACCGAGUGCUCUACCACUACAACCAGCACUACGAGAGCUUCGGGGAGUUCACCUGGCGCUGUGAAGACGAGCUGGGGCCCAGGAAGGCUGGCCUCAUCCUCUCGCAGCUGGCAGACCUCAGCAGCUGGUGCCACGGCCUCCUGCAGGAGCCCAAGAUCAGCCUCCAGCGCUCGUCCCUCAAGUACCUCGCCUGCCGCUACAGCGAGAUCAAACCCUAUGGGCUCGACUGGUCGGAGCUCAGCCGGGACCUCAAGAAGACGUGCGAGGAGCAGACGCUGAGCGUCCUCUACAACGACUACGGGGACAAGGACUACUGAGGGACGCAGGCACCCGCCUGCACGCCGGCCCUGCCGGGGCAGCGGGGAGGGUUUUAUAUACGGACCCACAGCGGGGAGGGGGGUGUCUCUGGAGACAAAAAUUGGGAGCGGGGAGCGAAAUGGCUGCUCUGCGCAGUUCUGCCUCAGUAUUAGUUUCUUCUUUGGCUUGGCCAAAAGUCUUUCUAGUUAGGAGUCUUGUGGGACCCUGUUUUCUUGGUUUGUUCUGUUCAUGUUGCCAAGAGGUUCCUUGUGGUGGGUGUGGGGACACGGAGACGGCAGGCUGUGGGGCACGGCCUGGGGACCACCCCGUGUCCCUGCCCCAGCCACGAGGGGCCACUGGUCGCAGGAGAAGCAUGGUGACACAGGUGGGAAGGGAGAGCUGGGGAAACGGAGACGGGCACGCAGGUCGGGCUGAAAUGCUAAUGGUUAUCGCUGAGCAAGACAGCCACCAGGCAGCCAAGAGGGUGUUUGGGGUGUAUUUGUUGUUUGUUGUUUUUUUUUUUAUGGUUUAUUUUUACAACUGUAAAGCAUGAGGUCUGGAUGAGACUUGGCUCAGCUGCGGUGUCAUCGGCCCAGGUGAGGGGAGGAGAUGGGCGGCGGUGAGCCCACCUCCUCGGGGCUCCUCUGCCACGGCCAGCUCCCUGUCAGCUCGGAGAUGCAGGGUGCUCGGGGCAGAGGCAGCCUGGCCGCAGGGCCAGCGGUCAGCUGGACAGUGCGGUCUUUUUUCUCGUGGGACCAAACUCCUAGGAAGUCAACUCAAAAAUCCCUUCCUUUUUUUAUUAUUAUUUAUUAUUUUUUUUUAUUUUUUAACCCACCGUAAUAAAGACUUAGAAGCAAUGACAAACUAAUGUUUGUCAAAAGCUGAAAAAUGGAGGCUGGGCUCCAUUCAGAGCAAACCGUUCCCCAAAACCCCAUUACCACUGAUGCUGUUGGAGGCAGCAAACGGCUUCAUUUUAGCCUCAGCUACCAGCCUGGUUCGCAGAGGAGGCACCUCUGGACUUGCCAGCUGUGCACCUUUGAUCUGGACAAGCCAGGAGUCCCGCAGAGAGAUUUUUUUAUGAUGCCUCUUCAGAGCGAAAUUUCCUUUUCAUUUUUCAGUCUUGGCAGGAGCAAUCUUCAGCCUUGUCUCUUUUGAUUUUCCACCUCGUUCCUCGCAUUACCUGCUGAGGACACGGCUUCAGUAUUUGUGCAGCACCGGAGGGGAGGCUGCCGUGGCCUGCAGCCGGUCACGGCCACCGGUGCCGUGCCGCAGAAGUUGCACAGCAGCCGAUCAGAGCACACAAGCAUCCCCCAGCAGGACAAUGCUGCAUUUUUUCCUCCCCACGGGCAGAGCUCUCAUGUGGGGGCAGCUAGGCUGGGUGGGAUUGCUGCUGGGCACAGCCACCAGCAGUCAGUAUUACCUGGGCAUCCGAGUGUCAUUUGUGUAAGGAGUUCAUCUGGCAGGGCUCAGCAGCCAAACACCUGAUUUUUGCAAGCAAGAAGUCUACCAGAGCCUUCAGGCUUCCCCUCACGUUUCCUUCCAUUUUGAUGUACUAAACGCUGCCGACGGCUUGGUGCUCCGAGCAAGCCCAGCACCGUCUCCAUGCUCAGGUACACAUGGGCAGGUGCUCCGUUUCCUUUCAGCCACGGGGAAUCUUGGCCAAGAUGCUUUGGUUCGGUCUCUUUCCUUCCAGCCGACACUGAGACAUCCUUUAACUUCCAUCCAGGCAGCUGGCCAGCAGUGAGCAAAGGGCACCUCCGCGCAGCGCCUCGGAGGGAUGCUUGGACAGAGGCUGCUCUGGCCCGGAUGCGACUUGGUAGCUGGCCAUGUAAUACCGCUUACGUGGCCUUUAUAGGAAACACAGACGGUUUUCCUUUUGGGAGCAGCCUCCUCCCUCGUGUUGCUUACGAGGUGCAGGAGCAGGGCGGGCGCAGCCAGCCAGCCGUGCACCCUGACUGCCAGGAAAACCCCGUGUGCUCGGUGGCUUUUUCACCCAGACGCAGAACUUACCGCGGGGCCCUGCGGGUGUUUCCGUUCUGCUCCCACUCUACAAUUUCUAAGUCCUUGCAUGGUCACUGGAAACACUGCAGAGCCUCCUUUGAGCCCUGUGGUUGGGUGAGGGCUCCCUUGGCUGGGAGAGGCACACCCUAAGGGUGAGGUGACCCACACGAGGUCAGACACCAAGACCCUCGCAUGGGGUGGGAUUCAUUGUCCCCAGCCCAUGGCAGGCACCACUCUGUGGCACCUGGGUGACCAUCACAGUGUCGCCACAUGCCUGUCUUGGUGCAGCGUAUGCCCAUUUUUGUGGCAGCACUGGCUUGCCCAAACUUGUACUAUUACUAUUAAAAUUUUUUUUUUUUUUUUUUUUUUUUUCCCAAAUCCCUGAGUUACAGCACAUAUGCUCAUCUCAGACAGCUGCUCAGACAGCCCCGAGGCAUCCCCUUCCCUGCAGAGCUGGAGGACUUCAUCUGCCGAAGGCUCCUGCCCCAAACAGCCAGCCCUGGCUCUGCACAGUGUUUCCUCUUGUGGACUCCUGCCUCUUUCCGUGCUGCCAACCACAGGAGAAGACAACGUGUUUUGUCCUUUUCCCAACCUCCCUCACCCUCCUGACCUCUCUCCUUGUUUUAUUUCCGAAUUAACGAAUGACCAUUCACCUGAGAUGAACCUCUGGGUCAUUAACUUUUCUUUGCUGCACCCCUUCCCCUGUAAUAGCAUUACUACCUUUUACUUGUUGUGCCGUUAUUUAACAUAUAAAGAUGGUUUGGUCCUUUUCUUUAAAAAGAUGGCUACAAUUCAUGUUCCUUGAUGUUAUAUUAAAACUCUAAUGUGACAUUUUACUACUGUAGAUUGAAAGUAGGGUGCUCUAGGGUUGGACAGCCACGUGGCAAGAAAUGCAAAACCCUUCCAGAUUACUUAAAAAAAAAAAAAAAGGUUUUAAAGAACAACAACAACAACAAAGUCACUAGCACUAUGUACAACUCCAGAUGAUAAUUUAACCGACUAUUAAAUGGAGCUGUUAGUAA